CUUUACGCUUCUACAUCGAUCCCUUUUGGUACAGCAGGGCACCACCCAAGUCUCCAUGGCUGCUGCUUUAUUCUCUCCUGCUCUUCAAGCCACUGCUAUCUUCCCUUCCACCUGGUAUGAGUCGAAGAGGUCCAGUCCAUCAAAACUUGCUGGUUCGAUCCUUUCGAAGGGCCGACGGAAAGAUUUAGAAUCCCUUAGGGUGAGCGUCGCAACCGAGCCACGAGUCACUGUCCCAUGGCAGUCGGUCGAGACCGAAGGUGAUGGUGAUGGGAAGCUCGCGGCGUGGACCAGCAUCCGGCAGGAGCGGUGGGAAGGGGAGCUGGUGGUAGAGGGAGAGAUCCCACUUUGGCUGAACGGUACGUACAUAAGGAAUGGGCCCGGACUCUGGAACAUAGAAGACUACAACUUCCGCCACCUCUUCGAUGGCUACGCCACCAUCGUCCGCCUCCACUUCGACCACGGUCGGCUCUUCUUCGGUCACCGCCAAAUCCAGUCGGAGGCAUACAAAGCUGCCAUGAAGAACAAGCGCGUAUGCUACCGCGAAUUCUCCGAAGUCCCGAGACCCGACAGCUUCCUCUCCUACGUUGGCGAGCUCGCCAGCCUCUUCUCCGGCGCCUCCCUCACCGACAACGCCAACACCGGGGUCAUCAAGCUCGCCGACGGCCGGGUCGUCUGCCUCACCGAGACCAUCAAGGGCUCCAUCCAGAUCGAUCCCCACACGCUCGAGACCAUCGGGAAGUUCGAGUACACCGACGACUUGGGAGGUUUGAUCCACUCGGCGCAUCCCAUCGUGACCGAGACGGAGUUCUUGACUCUGCUGCCCGACCUCGUGAGGCCUGGGUACACGGUGGCGAGGAUGGAGCCGGGGACCAACGAGAGGAAGGUCAUCGGCAGGGUGAACUGCCGGGGAGGCCCGGCGCCGGGGUGGGUGCACUCUUUUCCGGUGACGGAGCACUACGUAGUGGUGCCGGAGAUGCCGCUGAGGUACUGCGCCCAAAAUCUUCUCAGGGCCGAGCCCACACCGCUGUACAAGUUCGAGUGGCACCCAGAAUCCGGAAGCUACGUGCAUGUCAUGUGUAAAGCUAGUGGAAAAGUUGUGGCAAGUGUGGAGGUGCCGCACUACGUUACGUUCCAUUUCAUCAAUGCAUAUGAGGAGAGGGAUGAGGAGGGUAGGGUCACGUCCAUCAUUGCCGACUGCUGCGAGCACAACGCCGACACCACCAUUCUUGACAAGCUUCGCCUGCAGAAUUUGAGGUCAUUCUCUGGUCAAGACGUCCUGCCGGAUGCUAGGGUGGGCCGUUUUCGGAUACCUUUGGAUGGGAGCCCAGUAGGGGAGCUGGAGGCAGCACUGGACCCAGAUGAGCACGGAAGGGGGAUGGACAUGUGCAGCAUCAACCAGGCUUAUCUGGGCAAGAAGUAUAGAUACGCCUAUGCCUGUGGUGCCCAAAGGCCGUGCAACUUUCCCAACACCCUCACAAAGAUCGAUUUGGUGAAGAAGAAGGCCAAGAACUGGCAUGAUGAGGGUGGAGUGCCUUCAGAGCCCUUUUUUGUAGCCAGACCUGGAGCUACUGUGGAGGAUGAUGGUGUGGCAAUAUCAAUGGUCAGUGCUAAAAAUGGGGAAGGUUAUGCACUGGUCCUCGAUGGAUCCACCUUCGAGGAAAUCGCACGUGCCAAAUUCCCAUAUGGACUUCCUUAUGGACUGCAUGGGUGUUGGAUUCCAAAGAAUGCCUCAUAAUGUGGUGUCACCAAAGCAUCUACGUAGACGAUGGUUCAUAGGGGGGUGUUAG